GGGGAAGCGGCACUUUUCGUCCGGGACAAAAUGUCUGCGAGGAGCCGGGAGGCGAGGGGCGACCAUCGCGGUAACGCCCGGACACUGCAGAAGGAAUGAGAAGUGACCAUGGAAGACAGCUGGAAGCCUGAUGACACUGCAGGGCAGAGCGGCCCUUGUCCCGGGCUGGCACCCGCCGCUCCGGGCCAUCUGGGGGCGCCGUACUCCGAAGCCUGGGGCUACUUCCAUCUGGCCCCGGCUCGGCCCGGGCACCCGACGGGCACCUGGGCCACCUGCCGGCUGUGCGGUGAGCAGGUGGGCGGCCACCCGGGCUUCCAGGCGUGGACGCGAGCCCUGUGGCGACACCUGAGCGGCGCGCACCUGCGGGAGCUGGAGAAGAGCGGGGCUCGGAGCUCGCCGCCCGCCGCGCCCUGUCCUCCACCGCCCGGCCCCGCUGCCUUGGCCGCAGAGGGCGACUGGGCGCGCCUGCUGGAGCAGAUGGGCGCGCUGGCCGUGCGCGGCAGCCGGCGGGAACUGGAGCUGGAGCGGCGCGAGGCCGCCCUCCGGCAGGCGGAGCGCGCGCUAGAGCGCAGGCGCAGGGCUCUGCGGCAGGAGGAGCGCGCCAUGGCGCAGGCGCGUCGCCAGCUACAGGCCGAGCGCGAGGCGCUGAGAACCUGGCUGCGAGAGCAGAGCCCGGGGAUCGGGCUCUCGGCGCCUUCCUCUCCUCGGCCUCUGCUGCUCAAGGAGGACCCUGAUGGGGACGUCCCCGGCGACGUUGUCACCAAGGUCCUGCUAUAGCGAGGCCACUCUGUGCUCCGUAGCGCCCCCAAGGACUUCUUCCUGGAGCCCAGAUCGGGUGCUCAGCAUAGACCACAGCAUAAGAUUUACUCCAGCAACCUCAUGGUAGUGCCUUAGGGCUGGAGGCUCUUGAAUUCAGAAGGCUCUCUAAACUCCAAAGACUCAUCACACCUCGUGCCUAUAUGCCUGGCAGGGGCAGGGAGAGGGGCAUGGAAACGAAAAUGUGUCUCCCCCCCUUCCCCAGGGUCUACUCUUUCCUAGUGUUUAAACUUGGCCCAGCACCAAGUUCCAAAAAGGGACUUUGAGUUUCAUUGACUCCCUGCUCCCUACCUUCAGCAUCUAUAGAACCCUGCAUUGGGCCAGUCCCAGAGAGACUCACCCAAGACCAUUAGUACCUUUUUCCUUAAGUAAUCUGUCCCUGGAUCCGACCCAAUGGAGGUAUAUUCUCCCAUUGCCUGUCACCUUACUUGCAAGAUACCAUCUGUCACUAGGAAGAUCAGUUCCUUGCCCCACAGGCCCCCAAAGACCUCCCCCUGAACCAAAGGAGAAACUCGAGGCCACUCCUCCCCACAGCAUCAACUCCUGUCUCCUUCCCUCCCUUUCUCCAGCUUGUUCCCCAACAAUGCCCCUUACCCCUUAAGGUCAAGAAGUCCUUGCCCACACUUGCCGUGCCUGAUUCCACUGGUCCCUUCCCAUGUGUCAUUGCCAUCCAAAGCCAAAUAUUAUUUCCCUCGGCCCUUGUCGCUCUCCUUAAUAUGAUUUUCUAUUUUUUUUUUAAAGACAGUCUUUAAAGACUGUCUUUCUAUGUAGCUCUGGCUGUCCUGGAACUCACUGUGCAGACUAGGCUGGCCUCAAACUCAGAAAGAACCACCUACCUUAGCCUCCUAGAGACUAAAGGUGUACACAGUUACCAAACACUUUACUCAGACCACUUUUGUCUUCAAGUUCUUUUUUUUUUAAAUUUGAACAAUCUAGGAAAAUUGAAAGGAUAAUAAAAUGAAUAUCCAUAUAUAUAAUAUACGUUAUCACAUAUAAUGACAGUUUUUUAAGCAUUCACAUAUAUUUCAGAUUUGUCUGGUGGUUUAUAUGGGCUAACUUCUACAUCCAAUUCCUGGUCCAUUUCCUUGUAGAGCUUAUGUAACUUCGGCAAGCAACUCACUGAGCUAUCCCAGCCUUGACUACUCUCUCUGGGUCUGGACAUUUAUACCCAGUUACCUGUUCCAUGACUCCCCACGACUUGCAUAUCCUGCCACCACUGACAACGGAUAGCUAGUGUCUUCUGGACACUUAAAGCAUUAUCAAGCACACCACAGCUCCUAGGUGAGGUACUGCUACUGUGCCUGCUUCAUGCCUAAGAAAAAUACCAGCUAUGUGUCUCAGCUGGUAAAGGUGCUUGCUGCCAGGCCUGAAGACCUGGGUUCAAUCAGGAUCUGUCCCCCAUAGUGGAAGGAGAGAACCAAUUCCCACAAGUUCUCCGGCAUCCAUACAUGAUCUAUGGGA